AAGGGAAUAACAAAAAAGGAUGUCCUUAGUCCAAACUUUGUAAACCUAUCAUCUCUCACCUGUCCUUUUGGAACAAAGAAACAACUCAAAAAGGGGCUUUAGAUUUGAAGCAAAAAAGGUUGCCAAGAAACUCAAAAAAGUUGUGCUAGUAAAAAAGCUAAUCAUCAAAUAGUUAAAAAGUAUUACUUAUUAGUUGUGGCAAAUCAAGAAUGCUAACUUCUUCAUUGAGGCUUCCUUUUUUGCCUCUUCCUCAGUCUCAUCUUGUGUUUUCCCCUUUGAAUUUCACUAAAAUUGUUCACUUUUCAAACCCCAAUUGUUCUAUUUCAUCUUCCAAAAGAUGUGCUUCAACAACUUCAUCUUCACAUGGACAAACGUGGCCAGAUGGAGAUGCUGAAAGAUAUUGCAACAAUGAUAAUUUGAGGAAUGAAGAUGAUUAUGCAAUUCAGAUGUUUGGUUCUGAUGAAGAACUCAGCACUCAGAUUCCAACUCAAGCUCAGUCUGUUGUUGAAGGCUCGGGAGCAGUUUUGGUGUCAGAGUAUAAGCCAGUUCCGGAUGUAGACUAUCUGCAGGAGUUGUUAGCAAUUCAACAACAAGGUCCGAGAAAUAUUGGCUUUUUUGGGACACGAAACAUGGGAUUUAUGCAUCAAGAACUUAUUGAGAUUUUAAGCUACGCCUUGGUCAUUACGAAAAAUCACAUCUUUACUUCUGGAGCAGCAGGCACCAAUGCUGCUGUCAUAAGAGGUGCUCUUCGUGCUGAGAGGCCAGAGCUGCUAACUGUAAUACUGCCGCAGAGCCUGAAAAAACAACCACCGGAAAGUCAAGAGUUAUUGUCUAAAGUGAAACAUGUGAUAGAGAAACCUCACAAUGACCAUCUCUCGCUGCUAGAAGCUAGCAGGCUGUGUAACAUGGACAUCAUUUCCCAAGUGCAGCAAGUUAUUUGCUUUGCCUUUCAUGAUAGCAGAUUGCUUAUGGAAACAUGUCAAGAAGCCAAGAAUCUUAGGAAGAUUGUUACUCUCUUUUACUUGGACUAAUGAAUAGCAACAACCUUUGUUCAUAGAUUCUUUGCUAUUGAAUAUUUUCUCUGUUGAUUGUGGGGGGAAUAUACACAUGCUAUACGUGUAUGGAAAUUACUGCAAUGUAGAAAUGUUCAUACUCAUGCCAUAUUCAUUUAAUAGAGUAGAUGUCUCAUCGAUUGCAACAUAAUUUAUAGAUGUAUUUAUUUUUGCUUUAGGUGCAACACAUCCUUGUAUUUCCACAUAUAUCUUGCUCUAGUUAGUUGAAGAACUCUACAUUUAUCUGGCAAUGUAGAGAGAUUCAUAUAAAUGGAAUACCAAAUAAGGUUAAUC